GAACUUUUCCUUCUGAGUUUCCACUGAGGCGGCGGAGACGUGGGAUGCAUCGGAUGGGAGGAGAUGAGAAACAUCGCACGAAGAUGUGACCAGAGUUGUGAUUUGAGUUUAUUUCCUUUUUUCAGAUUAGAAGGAAAACAUGGCGAAUUCAAGUUCUGCGCACGAGGCUAAUAAUUUCACCUCCGUUCAGCCUCACCGCGCUGAGGUCCUGGAAAACCCACUCCAGACCUAUCUCCUGGGAAUCAUCAUCUCUAUAUGUGGGAAUGUCCUCAUCAGCGUUUCGCUCAACAUACAGAAAUAUGCCCACGUCCGUCAGUCUCAGCGUGGCUCCAAACCCUACUACACCUCGGUGCUGUGGUGGUGCGGCGUGUCUCUUAUGGGGAUCGGAGAGCUGGGUAACUUUGCUGCGUACGGCUUUGCCCCGGCAUCGCUCAUAGCCCCGCUGGGCUGCGUGUCUGUUAUAGCCAGCGCUAUCAUAUCCGUGGUUUUCCUCAAGGAGACGGUGCGCGCCUCUGAUAUUGUUGGUGGCACCUUGGCAAUAGCAGGAACCUACCUCCUGGUGACCUUUGCCCCCCACACUUCCACACACAUUACGGCUCAUCUGGUCCAGUACUACGCCGUCAGCUGGCACUUCCUGCUUUACCUUUUUAUUGAGGUCAUCAUCUUUUGCGUCCUGCUCUAUGUCUACAAGAUCAAGAAAGUGAAGCACAUCAUCAUUGUGAUGCUGCUGGUGGCCCUGCUCGCCUCUCUCACGGUCAUCUCCGUCAAAGCCGUGUCAGGGAUGAUCACCGAGUCGAUAAAAGGCCAGCUGCAGCUCAUCUACCCCAUCUUCUACGUCAUGCUCGUCGUCAUGGUCGCCUCCUGCGCCUUCCAGAUCAAAUUUCUCAAUCAGGCAAUGAAAAUGUUCGAUGCCACGGAGGUGGUUCCUAUCAACUUUGUGUUCUUCACUGCAAGUGCCAUUGUUGCAGGGAUAGUAUUUUACCAGGAAUUCGAAGGCUUGGCCGUGCUGAACAUUUUUAUGUUCCUUUUUGGUUGCCUGCUGUCCUUUCUUGGAGUUUUCCUGAUAGCCAGAAACAGGCCAAAAAUAAAGCAAGCAAAUCGGAAUUUUAUCCCAAUGGAAAGGAUUCCCGGGACGAGGCAAACGGACAAAGUGCAGCCCGAGGCAAAGACUCCAGCAUACGGCUCACUGGCAGCCAAACUCAUGUGCAACAGAGCCGACCAAACAGACGAUUCGUAGGAGCGGCUCCAUCUGCUGGGACCGUACUUUCUGUAGAGUUUGUGUGUGUGAACACGCCGCUUCCAGGGCUUUUUCAAUGAAAUCUGUGUAUGGAUAGAAAUGAGACGCCUCACUUUAAACCAGCAUUAGCUGAGCGCCGGCGAUGGCGGCCGUAAAGAUUGUACGUCCACAGUUUCAAGUACCUCUCUUGAAUAGCUAUUUAUUCCUUGAAAGAAAACCCGUUUGUAUUUUAACCAUUGUUUCCAGCAACGUUACAGUGAAACCUCACGAGGACAAACUGACUCCCAAUACGAGAUGAAACUCCUCAGGAUAAAAGCGACUUUCCAGCAAUGUUUCCAGAGGCCACUGGGAAACAGGACUUAAAGAAUUAUAUUAAUCAGCUGAAUAAAUUGGUCUGUGUGUGUUAAGUGGCCAAUAAACAAGAAAAUACAAUAUUUUGGCA